UUAGAAGCAGGUGGAUGGGACAGCCCUGAUGAAGAAACUCAAGGCUCAGGUUCUAUUUCUUCGCUACUCGGGGAUCUGCCCCAAUUGGCCCAGUAACACUAUAAUUUAGUCUUUUCUGCGCAUGUCAAGAUCUUUUGUCCCUCGGCGGACACCGUUUGCCAGCCAAAGCUAUGUCGCGCUCACCGACUUCAUAGGGUUCCGAAUUCUGUCUUUUUUCCCCAAGCUUGCCAUGGCUAGUCGAGGGGCUCGGCAGCGCCUGAAGGGCAGCGGGGGCAGCAGUGGGGAUACGGCCCCCGUUGCGGACAAGCUGCGGGAGCUACUGGGCAGCCGAGAGGCGGGCGGCGCGGAGCACAGGACCGAGUUAUCUGGGAACAAAGCAGGACAAGUCUGGGCACCUGAAGGAUCUACUGCUUUCAAGUGUCUGCUUUCAGCAAGGUUAUGUGCUGCUCUCCUGAGCAACAUCUCUGACUGUGAUGAAACAUUCAACUAUUGGGAGCCAACACACUACCUCAUCUAUGGGGAAGGGUUUCAGACUUGGGAAUAUUCCCCAGCAUAUGCCAUUCGCUCCUAUGCUUACCUAUUGCUUCAUGCCUGGCCAGCUGCAUUUCAUGCAAGAAUUCUACAAACUAAUAAGAUUCUUGUGUUUUACUUUUUGCGAUGUCUUCUGGCUUUCGUGAGCUGUAUUUGUGAACUUUACUUUUACAAGGCUGUGUGCAAGAAGUUUGGGUUGCACGUGAGUCGAAUGAUGCUAGCCUUCUUGGUUCUCAGCACUGGCAUGUUUUGCUCAUCAUCAGCAUUCCUUCCUAGUAGCUUCUGUAUGUACACUACGUUGAUAGCCAUGACUGGAUGGUAUAUGGACAAGACUUCCAUUGCUGUGCUGGGAGUAGCAGCUGGGGCUAUCUUAGGCUGGCCAUUCAGUGCAGCUCUUGGUUUACCCAUCGCCUUUGAUUUGCUGGUCAUGAAACACAGGUGGAAGAGUUUCUUUCAUUGGUCGCUGGUGGCCCUCAUACUCUUUCUGGUGCCUGUGGUGGUCAUUGACAGCUACUAUUAUGGGAAGUUGGUGAUUGCACCACUCAACAUUGUUUUGUAUAAUGUCUUUACUCCUCAUGGACCUGAUCUUUAUGUUCAGAAUUUAGGCCACCCAUAUUGGCUUACUUUGGCUCCAAUGUAUAUUUGGUUUAUAAUUUUCUUCAUCCAGCCUCACAAAGAGGAGAGAUUUCUUUUCCCCGUGUAUCCACUUAUAUGUCUCUGUGGUGCCGUGGCUCUUUCUGCACUUCAGAAAUGUUACCACUUUGUGUUUCAACGAUACCGCCUGGAGCACUAUACUGUGACGUCGAAUUGGCUGGCAUUAGGAACUGUCUUCCUGUUUGGGCUUUUGUCGUUUUCUCGCUCUGUGGCACUGUUCAGAGGAUAUCACGGGCCCCUUGAUUUGUAUCCAGAAUUUUACCGAAUUGCUACAGAUCCAACCAUCCACACUGUCCCAGAAGGCAGACCUGUGAAUGUCUGUGUAGGAAAAGAGUGGUAUCGAUUUCCCAGCAGCUUCCUUCUUCCCGAUAAUUGGCAGCUUCAGUUCAUUCCAUCAGAGUUCAGAGGUCAGUUACCAAAACCUUUUGCAGAAGGACCACUGGCUACCCGGAUUGUUCCUACUGACAUGAAUGACCAGAAUCUAGAAGAGCCAUCCAGAUAUAUCGAUAUCAGUAAAUGCCAUUAUUUAGUGGAUUUGGACACCAUGAGAGAAACACCUCGGGAGCCAAAAUAUUCAUCCAAUAAAGAAGAAUGGAUCAGCUUGGCCUAUAGACCAUUCCUUGAUGCUUCUAGAUCUUCAAAGCUGCUGCGGGCAUUCUAUGUCCCUUUCCUGUCAGAUCAGUAUACAGUGUAUGUAAACUACACCAUCCUCAAACCCCGGAAAGCAAAGCAAAUCAGGAAGAAAAGUGGAGGUUAGCAACACACCUGUGGCCCCAAAGGACAACGGUCUUGUUAACUAGUGAUUCCAGUGACCUGACUCCCUGCAAGUCAUCGCCUGUAACUUUUGUAAUAAAGGUCUUCUGACACGAAUGCUGGAAUCUGGGUGCUCUGGGCUAGUCAAAGUCUAUUUCAAACUCUAGUCAAAAAUCACAUUUGCUCCUUUUGUGUCACGUCUCUGUUCUGCAUGUAAACUUUUUGCAGCUAGGCAGAGAAAGGCCCUAAAGCACAGAUAGAUAUAUUGCUCCAUAUCUCAUUGUUUUUCCUCUGUUCAAUUAUUUACUAGACCGGAGAAGAGCAGAACCAACUUACAGGAAGAAUUGAAAAUCCUGGGACUGGAUGGCUGUGUUAAGCUGUUCUCCACACUCUGGCCUGGCAUCUGAGAACUAGCAAGCCUCUCUUAGGCCAUAUGGGCUUCUCCACCAAAGCUGUUUGGCAGCUCCUAGCAGACCUUCUUGUUCAAAUCCUCGUGCUGAAAAUGAACAUAGCCUAGUUGCCAGCCCACAUGUCCUUUUCACCUCCAGCAAGACUAAGCUUCUUUAAAGCACUUCACAGGACUAGGACCCUGUCCUGGAAUUAUCUCAGGAAAAAGGCGACCAUUUGAGGAACUGUGACCUAAUUUUAUUAUAAUGAUGCCUCUAAUUUUCAUUUCCUUUACAACCCACUGUAACUAUAUGGUUGUAUUGUUUUUUUGUUUAGUUUUAGCAUGCUAUGUUUUGAAUUCUAGACUCCUCCGUGUGAAGAUAUCAACAGACAAAACUACAACUGUAUAGGACAUAUUUGGAGAAAAUUUUAUCAAUUGAUAGACUUGGAUGACAUCACAUUUUUAAGUAAUGUAAUCUGAGGCCACUGCUGAGGAAAUGAAGAAUUUUCCUUUUUUUUUUAACCACCCCCAGUGAAAAGGACCAGUGUAUAUAGCACCUGUUUUUUAGUUCUGUCUGUUGUGAGGCACAUCCUGCAUGGGGCACUUCUAGUCAAAUAGGCAAUUAUAAGGACCUAAUUAAAAUGUAAUAAGUAUAUACUAUUACUUUAAAAGCCUUUACUGUCAGUACUUCAGUUUACAAGGCACUUUCACAGCAUCUCAUUUGAUCCUCACAGUCACAACAUGUGGUAGACAAGGCAGGUGAUUUUUAUCCCCAUUUUACAGAAAAGGAAACAGGCUGGGGUGGGGAGUGAGGGGAGGUAAACAUAGUUGCCUGAGGUCACACAGCCAGUAAGUAAGAGAGCUGGGACUGGAACCUAGGUUUCCUUACUCUCUCUCAUCUGUUGCUCCUCCAUAUUCCUCACUCAACCAUGAAAACAUUACUCGAAAGGACUGAUGAGGUUAACCAGAGACCCAACUGAUACUGUAACUUUCUAUUUUAAGGAAGAAUUGUAUCUAUUUCUUUGAGUUCUUUGGAGCCUCCAGUCUGCCUGUAUGUUAGACUAGCACAGCAGUGCUGUGUGAUGCAGCCUGACCUGUGGCAGGAAAGUAGUGCUUCUGUUUGGAAGUCGUCUUCUUUUGCAGCCACACAGGAUCCAAAUAUUAGUACUAUUCCUGUAGUCAAUCUGGGGUCACAUUAUAGGUGCCUUAUUUCCCUAAGGGUAACUGAUCUGAAUAUCUGCAAAUAGGAUGAAUCUAUUUUUCACAAGUUCCAUCUUUCAUUUUUCUUUUUUUCUUUUCUUUUUUUUUUUUUUUUCUUUUGAGGUGGAGUCUCAUUCUGUCGCCCAGGCUGGAGUGCAGUGGCGUGAUCUCGGCUCACUGCAACCUCUGCCUCCCAGGUUGAAGCAAUUCUUAUGUCUCCCAAGUAGCUGGGAUUACAGGCAUGAACCAUCACGCCCAGCUAAUUUAUGUAUUUUUAGUAGAGUUGGGGUUUCACCAUGUUGGCCAGGGUGGUCUUGGACUCCUGACCUCAGGUGAUCCACCCACCUUAGCCUCCCAAAGUGCUGGGAUUACAGGCAUGAGCCACUGCACCCAGCCCCAUCUUUCAUUUUCAAAGAGGAGGGCAUUCUAAUAGGAACUGAUGCCAAGAGAGAAGAAAAGAAGUGAUAACAGAAGAAAUGGCUAGUUACAAUAUUAAAAAGCUCCUUUUUGAGAUCUGCUCUGCAGGAAUAUCAGAGACAGAGUUGAAGCACUGGAGAGGUAAUAGGUCUAGACAGUACAGAACAAUAACUGGGGAGUGUGUAAAGAUAGACUGGGCUCCUCCUUGCUUGAAAGAUCUCUAGUAUUUAAUUCUCAAUACUUGAUUACUAUUUUCCAGUGUAAAACUGGCACAUAUGAUCUGACUGUAGGACAGAGAAUUAUAAGUGAAACAUUUGCCUUACAGUGAUAAUGUGCUGUUCUUCACAGUAGCUAAGGCCCUCUAUGUUUCGCAGAGGUAAAUAAGAAUCCAGGAAUGGAGGUCCAUCUAUGAUGAAUGGCUUUUUUCUAAUCAAAGUAGUAUAAUGCUGGUCUGUUUUAUCAUCUUGCUUGUUUUGUUUUUUUUUUAAACAACACCUUAAUUAUAAUAUAGCACAAACAAAGGCCAGGACUGAUGCAGGGAUUCCUUGGAAAUAGCAGUUCCUAACACUUUUAAAACCUGAUUUUGGAUCUCACUGUUCUAUGUAUGUCUUUAGUGAGAGCACAAUAAAUGGCAGGACACUGUGCCAAAUGUUAUAGGUAAGGAAUAUAGAAAUGAAUGUUUUUUGUUGUGAAGGUGUUUCCAUGUGAUAUAAACACGUUUUUAAAAAUCUCCAUCACUUUGUAAUAUAGGAAGGAUAGCUUUGCCUGGGAAAACCAGUUUCAAAACACCUGCUCAGAGUAGCAUUUCUCCCUCAGAAAAUCAGUGUUCCGCCUACACUGACUGUUCUGCUUGCCAUAAGGAGGAAGCAUGCAAGAUACUUAUUUCUCCAUAGAUUAUGGAGUAUAGAGGGAUGUGGGACUACAGAUAAUUUUUUUUUGUUUUUUUUGCGAGACAGAGCCUUGCUCUGUCACCCAGGUUGGAGUGCGGUGGCGCGACCUCAGCUCACUGCAACCUCUGUCUCCCAGGUUCAAGCAAUUCUCCUGCCCCAGCCUCCCGAGUAGCUGGGAUUACAGGCAUGCACCACCGCGCUCAGCUAAUUUUUCUAUUUUUAGUAGAGGUGGGCUUUUACCUUGUUGGCCAGGCUGGUCUCAAACUCCUGACCUCGUGAUCCUCCCGUCUUGGCCUCCUGAAGUGCUAGGAUUACAGGCGUGAGCCACCGCGCCCGGCCCAGAUGACUUUUAGUAGCCUUUGAUCAUGGGGUGAGUGAGGAAGUAGGUAUACUUGGCAAAUGCAUGGUUCUGUGAUUUCUAGCUCUAAAGCAGCCUUAUCUGAAUCCCCAAAUCUUGUGAUGCUGAGUACCAUUACUGAACCAGUCUGCACGGUAGGCAUCUAUUACCAAAAUUUACUUCCUAUCUGGUAGGUGUCAUCUGAUAAGAAAGAAGACAGGUUAUUUUAAUCUUUUGAGAUAAUCACAGAAAAUUACAGCCCAUACUCUUUAUUACCGAAUUCAAGUUUGGAAAUAGGCCCUUUGUUUUAAAUCAUGAUGGGUCUUUAUCCCAACCAUUUAUCUAGGUCAUUUUUCCAACUUUGGAGUUCUAGGAAAGAACCUUGAAAACCCGAUACGAUUCUGCAGCGUGAGGUCUAGGGUGACCAUUUGGGCAAAGCUCCAACGGCAAUCAUUUAUUGUGUUUUGCAUUUCCUGGGAUUUAUUGAAAUAAGAAUUCACUGUGAUUAUGUAGUCUUCUGGCCAGUAUCAGGCAGCUCUGCUUUUAAUUUGGUUAAUUUUAUUUUAUCUGAAGAGGGAGGAUAGGCACAAUUUAAUCUUGGCCUCCACAAGCAUAUUAAAGCUCAUGUGUUAAUCAGUGCAUUCUUAUGCUCCUACAUUAAAUGCCUUGGGUAAAUGGAUAAAUGGACUUGUGCCCAGCUUUAAUUUUUUUUUUUUUUUUUUGCAGCAGAAAGAUCAGACUUCCAUACGGCAUUGUUGGAUUUCAGAGGCUUUCUGGUGUAUCUGUAAAUCUGAAUGUUGCCGUUACUUCUGCCAGUCUGUAUAACCAUGUGAUUCAUGCUGCAAAUGAAAUCAGGAAGCAGUGAAGUGUUAAAGCAAGACUAUUAUCCAAUUCGCUUGUCUUCCUGAUCCUUGUACUUUAUUUCACGUGUCAGUGUUUACAUUACAUACUUAUAUUUCCUGUUAAAAAGUUAAAUAAAUUGUAGCAGUUUGAUU